AUGGAUGUCCUGCCAGCUCAGGCAUCCUCUGUGCCGUGUGAACAUACUCUCACCACAAGUAUUGGAAGCACUCCAGAUUCUCAAGUUUUCUUACAGACAGGAGAGACUAUGUUUCACUAGGGAUUUGAUUGCAAAAGAGGAUGACUAUCGGAUUUCAGGGCCUGUGACAUGAAGGGCUGCAGAGGAAUUGAUACAUAGUUACGGGGAAGUUCGACGAGCUUGCUGAUCUAUUACAAAAUGUUGAUGAUGAUAACAUAGAAUGAAACAUAGCCACUUCAUAUCUACUUCACUUUACAAACACUUCUCAUUGGCUGGAGCUUUGAG